AUGUCCGUCCAAGUUUCAAGCUCUCUAGACAAGGUUACAAAUAGAGGUAUUUAACCCUAUCACGUCUGUUAGUUCCUUUAAAAGACAUGAUUAAAUUUUUAUUCUACAAAAUCGGAAGACAUGGCAUUGUGCUAAAGUUCUGCCAAACAUGUUUCAUUCUGAAUGUUAAAGCGGUAGGAUUUCAUCCAAUGAUUUAAAAGUUAGUUUUGAGUGACCAACAAUCGCAUUCACUGUGGUCUAGUGGUAAAAAGGUUAUGAAUGAUUAAAUUUAGUAAGUCAGACAGAAUCGGUAAUGUUUGAAUGUUUUGAGAUUUCAGUAAGGAUCACCCUUCUAAGGCAAAAUCAUUUAAACAUGUAAUGCCAGUUAGAUACAAGGAUCAGUGCCCCUGUGCAAAAAACUAUAGGCCUGUGUACUGACUUUAAGUCGUGAAAGUAACAACCCCCACCUCCCUCAGUAGAGACCUCCAAAAGUACUGAUAAAUUUUCACUGUUGCAAGCGUAUCACAAAAGUAGCAAGUAGCAACCCAUAUCCUUACCCAGGAUAUGCAUUGGUUUCAGACGAAAGCCCUGGAAGACCCUGUUAAGCAUUAGAAUAUUUUUUCUUUCUGCAUUGUGUUGGCAAGUGAAUUUAAUUUCAAAUUUCUCUUGCUGCCUGGCAAGUAAUUACAUUUAUCAGCAACCCCUAUUGAGCUUUAUCCUAGACUAACUUGUCAUAAAUUGAUUCAUUUUAAUUUCAUGUCAAUUUUCUAUUUAGCAAUGUCUCCCAUAACACAUCUUCCUCAGUCUGGUGGAGCAGAGCCUUUUAGUGUGCGUGCCAAGAGAGCAGGGUCCCCUCAGCGAAUAUCAAAUGGGCACACAAGUACCAAAUCAAAUGGAAUUUUAUCGCCAAAAAAGACUUCCAAGAGGUUUUUUCGUCGAAACACCCUUGAAAAAAAUCAGGUGGCCGAGGCUGGGACAGCACAGCCCAACGAGAAGAAGAAAGCGUCAACACCAAAAGUUGAAAUUAUUUACAAGGAUUCUCCACAGUCAGGAAAUGAAUCUGAUGAAUCCAAUAUUGCUUCCCUAAAGAAAGCAUUCGAAGCUGAUGGAUCACCGAGUCUGUGUACGGCAUCCACCCAUUCUGGCGAGAGAACACCUUCAACUUACUCUGAUGAGUUUAUACAGUCUGGGUCAUUAAGUUUGCAAGGCCUGGAUCUGAACAUGAACCGCAUUUCUACUGGUUCGGCUGCCAGUCAUACUGAGAGAGUUGUUCAGGAAAUUUUGUCAACUGAGAGAGCUUAUGUUCAACACUUACAUGAUAUUAUUGAGGUGGGAAUUUUCAGUUCAUUUAACUCGUAAUUACCACAAAUCCUCUUUUAAGUCCCCAUCUCUAAUAAGCCCUCCCUUUUCAGGGAAAGAAAGUUAGCCCCCCUCUUUUAAGACCUCCUUCCCUUCCCUUUAUUAUUAUUCACUGACAAAUGAUAGACUGUAUUAAUUAUCAAUCAUGUCUGUCAGGAGUCUAUUGUUACUCUAAAACUUCUUGUGGACUGAUCCAGGAUGGUUUAUUCACAAGCUGGAUGUUCGGAUUUGUCUUGGAUCCUGGGCUGCAUGACCUAAAGCUUCCUGUACUUGAGCUUUUCCACUUUGCAUUGUAGUUCUUUAUGAAGAACUGAUGCCAUCUUUUUUGCUAAACUGAAUACCCCCCCAUCUGUCUUAAGCCCCCCUUCAAAAAUGUGUUUGAAAUAAAUAAGCCCCCCAGGAAGCUUAAUAGAGGAUUUACACUACUGCAAUUCCUCCAAAUAGUAAAUUACUUUUUAGUAUUAAAUACAUGUACUUAAUACUUAUUAAUAUUAAAUUGAUCUAUUCUCUGUUGUGAUUUAUUUUCUAGGGUUAUUUGAAGAAAAUGAGAAAGAAGAAUUCCCCAUUUUCUAAGCAAGAUGUGAAAGAGUUAUUUAUGAAUAUUGAAGAAAUAUAUGAGUUUAACAAGUAAGUUUAAGGCCGAAUUGCUGGGUUGGUCAGUGGCGGAUCUAGGGGGAGGGUGCAGGGGGUGCGCACCCCCCCUGAGAUGACCUGCGGUUUUCUAAUACAACUGGUAUUCUGCCAAAAAAAAAAACUCUGUGGUUUAUUGGUGUUGAAGUAGAGCAAGAGACGAGUGCACCCCCUCCUAGAAAAAAUCCUGGAUCCGCCCCUGUUGGUGGACAUGCUUACUAGUUGAGCCAGACAUCCCAAAAUUUCUAGAUGAAAGAUGCAAAAGUCAUUUUUAGUAAUUCCCACCAAAAAUUUGGGACUACUUUUUUAGCUGUUUCUGAUUCUGGCUAUAAUGACCCAUUAUUAUUAUUAUUAUUUAAUUCAGUAAUUAUACUCAUGUAAUCUUAUAAAUUUUACAGUUCGGUCUUAAGGUCAAUAAUGAUACAAUAAUUUUUAUUGUUAAUGUCCCCAUUCAGUGGUUCCUCUACUGCUAUGUUAGUUUGGCACUUUUAUAAAGGUAUUGAUUGAUUGAUUCAACUAAAUUUUGGAUUUUUCUGCAUAGUGUUACUGAGCACAUCUAGAUCAGGCCCCAGUUGCUCAAAAGCUGGAUAGUACUAUCCACCGAGUAAAUCACUAUCGAGCGGAUAAGUAUUAGGGAAACCAAUUGUGCUCUCCACUGGAUCGUGAUUUAUCCGGUGGAUAGCGUUGUUCACCUUUUGAACAACCGGGCCCUGGUGGUGUCCAACAUCAACUUUGUUUUUUUUUAAUGCAGCGCCACUUAUUGAAAUUGUCUUUGCAUGAGACAACAUCAAUGAAAGGACGUUGUAUCUGAUCUCUUAAUCUAUAUUCAUAUCCAAAUUAUAUAGAGUCAUUAAACUAAGAUAAUAGUGAUUAUAAUAAAUACUAAGGUUGCAUACGUAGUGUUUUACAACUUUCCUUUGUUUUGAAGAACUUUUCUAGCUGAGCUAGAAGAACUAGAAGAUGAUCCUGUUGAUGUAGCCAGUCACUUUGUGUCUAAGGUAAAUAUCUGAAUAAUAAGUACCACAGUAGGCCAAUGUAAAAAAAUCACAAAAAUUAAAAAUCCAAAAGAAAUAAAUACAGUUAGACACCUUUAAUAUAGACACUGAAUUGACCAUAGAAAAUGUCUGUAUUAAUGUGGUGUCUGUGUUAAAUGGAUUGAAUGUAGAGGAAAAUCAAUGUCAGGCUUUUUCCCCAGGGACAAAGAAAACUGUCCAUAAUAAUGAGGUGUCCGUAUUAAGCAGGUGUCCCUAAAAUGGGCUUUGAACUGUAGGACUAUUCCAAGUUUCUGCAAAAGAGGUUUUGUUUGAAUGGUAACACCACAUGAUUUCAUCCAUAGAUUUGAACAUUACAGUGACAAAUAAUAAUCUGCCAUAACUUGGUCUAGGAGCAAAAGGUUAAGACGGAAUCCAUCAGGAAAUUAUCGAGUGCAGUGUAAAAAUAAAAUUAUUUUAUUUUCAGUGGACAAAAAUCUUGAACCAGAAUAUUUUAAGCUAUAUCGCAUUCUUUUUUACACUUUUCAAGGGCUAUAGGUAUAAUUAAUUAUCUGUAAUAACACCAAAGACAAUUUCUUGUGGGAGCACGAGAAAAUAAAUUUCAAAUUUCAAAGCAUUGAGAAAACGCAGGUAAAACCAUCAUGCAUAAGAUUUCAUGUUGUGAAAUUUGAAGCUUUUGAAGUUUUUUUUUUCAGGCUCCUAUAAGAACCUUUUCUUCGGAGUUAUUUCAUAUAACUUAUUACAGCUAUAGCCCUUGAAAAGUGUAAAAAAGGAUGCAAUAUGCAUGAAAUUUUCUGGUGCAAGGUUUUUGUCCGCUGAAAAUUAAAAUUACUCAGUUUCCUAAUGGAUUCCAUCUUAAAGCUUUAUAAGGAGGCAGCGUGGCCGGGUGGUCAGCGCAUCAGAAUCGGAAUCUGGUGGUCCAGGGUUUGAGUCCCGCUCUGGCAACUUGUUGGAAUUGUUCUGGGUCGUCCCAAGUUCAAAUCCUUGGCCACGCUUGCAAAUAGCCAACUGGUUGCCUCCUGCCAGUUGGGGUUGUUAAUCCUGUUAUGUUGUUGUUGCAUUAUUUGUUUCCAAGUAUUUGAGUGGAGUGCUUGUAAACUAGCUGGAUAAGCUAAGUGCACUUUCCACUAUAAACAAGCCUUUUUUACGGUUGAGCCAAUCUUGUGGUCUCUUAAAUAGGAUCAGAAAAUUGUCCACAUUUUCCAAAUACUUUUCCAUAAUGUUCGUUUAAUGGCUAGCUCAAAGAUUUGACAAAAGUCAGGAAAGUUGGUUUUUCUAAUUCCUGCUGAGACUCAUGUUCAGACUUUGUGGGACACCUUUUUCACGUUACUAAUACUAGACUGUCUGAUUGGAUAAAGAUUAUCCAAUUAAAACCCAUGACUAAAGUGGACCACCUUCCUGUUAAUCUCCUGAGAGAUGGAAGGCGGUCAGUUUUGGAGGACUGGAUUGUUUUUCUCUUGUGAGAAAGGGGAAAGAGUUGAUGAUGAAAGGCUGGCAAAAAGUGAAGAUCUUGAGAUUUUUGGAUCUCUAGAUGGGCAUCUCUGAACUUUUCUGUAAAAUUCAAUUAUUGUUGUACAAUACACUGCACAACAAACUUUAAGCUUCCUGUGAAUUCUAGGAAUUGUCAGAACUUCCCAACUAUAUUAUGCCAACUAGCUAGGUGGGAAGUUGUAAGCCUAAAGAGAAAUAAUGAGAUCUCUUUUACUUGGUAGGGAUCAAUCUUAUUAAGGGGAAAGUGCUUUCCUGAUUGCCUUUUUUUCAUGUCCAAUUGUCUUGACUGGCACUAAAUCUCAUUUUUUAUUAUUUUAUUUUGUAGGAGAAGGGCUUCAAAACGUAUACAGAUUACUGUACAAAUUAUCCAUUGUAAGAAAAAAGUUAUUAUCUUCUUGCUUAUGGCCAUAUCUAGUGUAAAUGGUUACAAAAUGUAUUCAGUCGCAUCAAUGUUUACAGUAUACUUGCUUUCACAUUAGGUCAAUGGAAGUACUAACAAAAUGCACGCAGCAAAAAGAAACUGCAGAUUUUCUUAAGGUAUUGUCAGAAGUUUUUGGUAAACUGAAAUUAUAAGUAAAUUUCUCAUUUUUGAGAUGGUAGUCCUUAAUUCUGCUGUACAUGUACAUGUUUGUGUUUAAUGGAAUGAAAAUACGUAAUAUGUUUUGCAGAAAAUUCAAGUUGAACUUGGCCAUUCUCUCCCCCUUGGCUCGUAUUUGUUAAAACCUGUUCAAAGAAUACUCAAGUAUCACCUUUUGCUGCAGGUAUAGUAAUUAAAUGAAUGACAGGUUUAUUAAGAUAAUAUAGUUAAAAUGCUUACAUAAAAGAGUAAACAAUUAAUCAGGAAAUUAUGGCCCAAUGAAUAUUGUCUUGCUGUGGGGUCUUAAGGGUAAUUAACCUUAAGUUUCAAUGGGAUGUCUGUAUGGGAUGUCUGUAUUGUUUACCUAUAUAUUUAAAAAGAAAAGCAAUGGUUGUAGAAUUAUAAAUUUCUUCUUAAAAUCUACAUCUUUUUGGUGUCCUUUGAAUUACUACAUUCAGGUUUUGUGGGUGCACUUCUUAUAUACCGGUAUGUUCAUUUAAGGAGCUGUGUCAUGAAAUUCACCAAAAUUCAAACGGUGAGAGCUGUCACAUGCCCUCCCACCAUCCCUAAAUCUGAAAAAAAAAGAGAGACUGCUCAUAGUCUAGCAGCCUCUGUAUCUGUAUUUCUCUUUCUAACCACCAAUUUAUUGUAAACGUGUUGGCAAGCAUGUUUUGAAAUGAUUUUUUGUUCUUAUUUAUCUUGCAAGGAUAUUCAAAAGCACUUUGACAAGGAGAAUUACCCUGAAGGUUAUGAUAUAAUUUCUGUAAGUACUGCUACAUUAUUUUUAAAUAUUUGGUAGAAAUGUUUAGAAUGGUAACCUCUGUUUUCUUUCUUCUAAACAAUACAAAGUUCUCUAUGUUAAUGAUGUUGGUAUGCCUGUGCCUUCUACAGGAUGCCCUCUAUGCAAUGACUGGAGUAGCACAUCAUAUUAAUGAAAUGAAACGGCAGCAUGAACAAGCUGUACAUGUUCAGGUAAAAAAACUGCAUUUUUUGAUGUUAAACUUUUCCGAGGUUAUUAAAUAGGCCAUUUCCAAGUUGCUCCAAGCCUUUGUUUCAAGACAAAGUGAGGCUAUUUGCAAAGCUAUUGAUGUGAGAAUGUUUUUUUAUUCUCAUGCAAAUCAAACUCCUUUUCACAAGGGAGGAUUUGCACUUAACCUUGUUUCGAAAGUGAAUGUUGUUUGAAUACGGAAAUAGCCUAUUAUUUUUGUCAACAGGAAGAAAAAAAUACAGACAUAUGGUAAUGAAAAGAAUUCAGGCAAAUUCCACUGCAAUGUUUCAAUUUUUUUUUGCGUUUCGGUUUGUGUGCCACACAAGAUAAAGACAAAAACUAUGAUAUUGUUAUACUGUUGUUAACAAUAUUGUGUUGUGUUUAAUACAUAGGAAAUUCAAAGCCAGAUGUCAGAUUUUGAGGUAAGGGACCUACUGUAUUCAUGUUUUUAAUUUGCCGUUCUUUUUUUAAAACUGACUAAUGAAGUGACAAGUGAUUACGCAUAAACUGUCCUGUUAAUACUCAAGUCAGGGCUACUAAUAGCCAAUCAGAUGGGAGAGUUUUAUUACUGCUGUGACUGACAUUUUUUGUGUGUUCUCCUCCAGGGCCCAGAUCUUACAACUUAUGGUAGUCUAGUUUUGGAGGUAUCAACUUGGAAUUUUUGUUCUUUAUAACUUGGCAAUCUUAAACACGUUGAUUAUUUCUGUUGAUAAAUGACCAUGGCGUUCCUAGUGUCGUGGAAAUAAUUGCAGUUUUCCUCACCCAUCAGCAAUGAAAUGAAAUUAAUUUGAUUUUAAUAAGGAGUUUAAGCAAAACGUUUUUGAGCGACUUACGUCAACGUGAGGUGAGUCGUUGUCCCUUUCAAUAUGACAACGAGGCUACCAAAUUUUUAUUCCCAAUUGUCUUUUCUCUCAUAGAGACGAUUUUUCCCAAAACUGGGUCAAAAUCACGCCCCAAUAUUGCAAAAGUCCACUUCCGGUUGACGUCCGUCGCCCCAAAACGUUCUUGCUAAAACACCUUUAUGUCAAUGUAAAAUAACCACAGUGGCGGUCCAGGUGAGCCCCCCGCUUAGUUUUAGACCAAAGUGAGGCCCAAAGGGCCAAAAAAGAAUUUUUUUUAGACCCCCGCCACCCCUUAUCUGAAGGUCUUGAUCCGCCAUUAAACCAUGUUGCCUAUGAAAUGUUACCAACUGAGUAAUUUCAACUUAUUGCCUUCUUAAUAGGACACCUUCCGGAUUCAUAACACCAGGACUGAUAGGCAUUUGUUCCUGUUCGAGAAAAUCCUCCUCAUUACAAAACGGAAGGAAGGUGGCUAUUCUUGCAAAGCAUCUUUGAUGGUGAGCAUCCUCUGGAAGAUGCUUGAUGAUACUUACUUUGCUUGUUUAAAUGAUGCCUUGUUUAUAUAUUCUCGUGGACGUUUCCUUAGCUACUCUUGCUAUGGUUUACAGACAAAUAAUCGAAAGAAAAAAUCCCAAUCAAACAUGACAUGAUUAAAAGUAAAUAACCUAUACUAGGAGGAGGCGAACCACUUGGCUAUUUACGAACGCGGCCGAGAAUUAAAGAUUGGGACUUACAAGACUCAAAAUAACCGUGACGGCCGGCCUCAAGGGAUGAUGUCCGGCCAGAAUGGUGACUAGACCGGCCAAAAACUUUGCACAGUUUUCCUCGACACUAAACGAAACGAAACAAUCUUUAACCUCACAAGACUUGCCAAAUCCUAUGGAAGAAACACUAAACGAGUCACGGUUUGGCAGCAUGCAUAAUAAAUGCAUGGGCUGUGCUGAGGUAACUGGUCAUCUCUCCACCAAACCAUCUCGUCACCAACGAAAGUCGACUCGUCGCCAACCAACUCGUCAUCAGGUAAUAAGUCUGUAGUCUGUAAUAAGUCAUGUAGGUUACUAAACACGGUGAUUAUUGCAGAGUUUUUACUUGGUGGCGAUUAGACUUUUUGAUAGCUAGUUGGUUUGCGGCGAGUCAACUUCUUGGUGGCGAUUUCGUUAGUGGCGAGACAACCGUAACCUGUGCGGAAAUCGUACCUAAAUUUUUUUGGCUAGUCAACGUGUCCGGCCACCGUCCGACCAUUAUUUUGAGCCCUGGCCUAGCGAGAAUGCUUAAUUCGGGACGUUCCGAUUGCUAGUCCGACGCGCUGACCAUUCUGUCACACUGCUUCUUUAGCGUGAAUCAAGAGAGGAGCGUGAAUGCAAUAAUAUAGAAAAUCGUAAUGUGCAGCACAUUCGAUUGUUUGUUUCUUUAUUCAUCAGUUGUCAAACAUGAUGCUGUCAGAGUCAAUACCUAAAGAACCACUUGCUUUUGAGAUAAUACGCUUUGACAAUCAGAAGAACAGUUUCAUAUUUUUGGUAAGUUGUCAUUCCCCACUUGCGUAACUCUAAGAAGAAUGGGUACAAGCUUUGGGCACAGUGAUUGCUGGGAUUGUUUGGGUGGACAAGUGUUAGUUAUGAUUGGUCGAUGGUAUUCAAGGCAACCAUUAACCAAUCAUAAGUAACGUUGGUCUACCCAAACUAUCCCAUAAAUCGUUGCGCUGAAAGGAUCUAACCAUUUCUGGAAUGGGGAUUUGAAAAAUUUGUCCUGCAUCUUUUGUCAUUGGCCAUUCAGAUAAACUGUAGGAAAAUUGGAUGGUUAAUGGACAGAGUGAGUAACGAAAACUUGGCCUUGUUUUAAAAGACCUUUCUCAACUUACGCUCAGUACAGUCUUUACCCCAAGACCAUGUUAUUUUAACUGAAACUUUUCUGGCAUUUAAAUCUGUGGACGAAAUCCUAUGUUGUUACCAUUCAAAUGAAACCUCAUCAGCAGUACUCCUACAUCACGAUGGUACUAUUUAUUUAGUAUGUAGUUCUAACUUUUGAGUCUGUGGACGGAAUCCUACGGUUUUACCACUCAAAUGAAACCUCAUCAGCAGUACUUUCACAUGGUGCUAUUUAUUUAGUAUAUAGUUCUAACUUUUGAGUCUGAGGAUGAAAUCCUAUGGUGUUACCAUUGAAAUAAAACCUCUUUGGCAGAUCUUUUGCGUGGUACUAUUUAUUUUUUAGGAUUUUACAGAAAGAAGUUUCAAAUUUUGUGAAUUUUUGUUUUUUUGGUCAAUGAACCCCUAAUAUUAACUAAUGGAAAAUUUGAGGACAACUAUAACAACACCUCGCGUCACGAAUUAAAGGAAUCGCCAAAUAAUUUUUCAAUAGUGCUUCUCGUUUCCGUCUAAACAGGCAAGAAAUGCUGAGCAGAAACGAAAGUGGACACUUGAACUCAAGGGAUUGAUUGUGGACAGCUUAACAGCGCAAGUCCCCAAAGAGGUAAAACUGUUGGAGUCGCUAUAUUUAGUUUUCUCCUAUCCAUGAACUUUAUUCUCAAAAUUAAUUAAUUUUGUUAAAUGUUGAUAAACAAAUAUAGUGGUAUGUGAAUACUGGAGAAGGAGUUCCAUUGAUUGUCAUUUCCACAGGACAGAUUUUCAUCUUCUCACUUGUCUCUAUAACUGAGUCUGUAUUUUUGUCUCUCAAUGUAUCAUCAUACUCAUUAUCGUAUUGAAUUUAAUUGGGGCCAAAAUUCAUGAAAACCACCUGCAGUGAGGUGUAUCCUGAAUAUCGUCCUUAACAAGUCUGUUACAAUACGUUCCUUAUUUUUGCUAAUCUCGUCAUCAUGCGAGAAGAACAAACAAACAAUUCAACCAAAAAGCAAAUUAUAAGAAAGGGAACAGUCUACUCGUCCUACGCUUUUUCGGACAUCCGCUGACAAAUCUCGCCGGCUUUUAAGCCAAACCAUGAACACAAUGGCAGAAAAGAGGGAGAAAGUCGCCCUCAUUCUUAAUGUGCCGUUUAACUGUAGUAGUAGCCGAGUACAGGAAUGUAGUAGUAGUAGUUAGUAUUCACUGUAACUUUUAAUUUCUUUCAGGCAAAAGCCCUAAUUCUAGGUAAAAAAGAAGUCAAGGAAAGAGGCGAACAAGGUAAUUAUUUUCGAUUGUUUUGUUUUCGUAAGCACGUAGACCAGCUUAUUUUAUCUACUACCAACUUAAUUAAUUGCACAGAAAGUGAAAGGCUGUCGGUGGCAAGUGCAAACAACUCAGCAGAAAAUACACAUAUGCCGAGCUAUCCCAAAACGAUUCUUAACUAGAUUUUGAAUCUAAAGAAUCCACACUAAUUGUAUUUGUUAGAUUAGUGCGUUUCUUUGGGUACAGGUCCGGAAAAAAGGCACCUUGCAAGUUAGUAUGAAGCCCGUUAGGUUCUCGCCGGUUUGCUCCAGUAUUGGUGUCUCGCGAAAGAAUCACCCAUCGCCCGAUUUUGGUGUUUUUUGUUGUAACGAAUCUAAAAAUCUGAGAUUAGGUAUUUAAUCUUGAAUCCUCCGAAAGAAGAGCAUCCUAAGUGUUUUACUCGGGCAAAAAAUUCACUGUCGUAGAAGAACUCAUGCAAUAUUGACAUUUCUUGAAUCUACAGAAAACCAUGAUAACGAAGGCAAGAAAAGGUCAAGACCUGUUGAGAAGCUAAACAGAGGAACUCAGCAACUGAAAGGUAAAUUUCGAUUUAUUUUCUCACUCGUGAAUUAUUUUUCAAUAGUCGAAGAGAAAUUUCGUAUCUCAGCGCUUUCAUGUAAUAUCUUCUAUAUCAGUCGCAUUUUGAUGAAUUACAUACCUGGGUAUUCUGUUUAGAUUCGGUUAAACGAACCCAAAAUCAGUUUCUUUUCUUAUCUUUUCUUUUUUCAAUUUUGCGGACCUUCACAUUUCGGUGUAAUAACCUCAAAUAACCCUGAACUGUAACGUUUUUUAAAAAUUGUUAAAAGUUACUUGUAAGUCAUCAUCAUCAUUGUUAUCAUCAUCAUCAUCAUCAUCAUCAUCAUCAUCAUUUUUAAUAACUGUUCACACCUUUAUUUUGGUUCAUUUUGUUUUGCUUAUUAUUUUCCUUUUUCCAGCUCUGAACAAUUCUCGCCUGCAUUCAUCGAAUACUCGAACAAACGGCCUUUAAUAACUCCCAGUUAGAACUUAAGAGACUGGAUCGAAUUGCUUAUGAACUAGCCAAUAGAAAUGCUUGCUUCUGGCUCCACUAAAAGCUUGCUAAACAGUAUAACAUACAGACUCUAGAAGCUGUAAACAGAAGGAUAAAUGCUUCUUUGCAAGGAAAUCUAAUGAAUAAGAUGAACUUAAAAAGUAAACCGUUAAGCAUGGAACGUUUUUCUGGGGUCAGCAGUGUCCCUCGCAACUGUACAUGUAAUCAUAAAGGUAUGAUAAGGUAAUGUUAAGGUAAUGAUAAAUUAUAAUUCCUCUGACUAAUUACUGCAAUUGAUAAAUCUGUCUAUAAGUCUUGUAUUAAGUUUUUGACUUCGCCAAGGACUGAGGCCUUCGUUGAUGCAAUCCCUUAAAUUUUUAAACGACACACUAAACACCAAGAACCAAUGACUUAAUUUGCCAACCAGAAAUAUAAGCAUUUACAACAGAGAAUUUGUUAAUCGGGUUAGUUUUGGAGUGAUUGUGCGAUGCCCUUUUGUAAUUUCUAAUUAUAAUUUUAAAAAAUUUCGUAAGUGGCUACGCAGUCGUCAAUGUAUUUUAUGCAACUUUUCAAUCUUUGCUGGUGUUUUUUGCCGUUAUUAUCCUCAAACAGAUAUUAAACAUCAAGCCAAUGAUUUUAUUCUGUUCUUGCUCUGUUUCACUAUAAACUUUUUGCAUGACCUUAUUCUAUUUAGAAACUUUUUCCUCUUCUUCUGUCCGGCUUUUGCUGAUAAAUUAACUGAUAUUCAGCAAAGAAAAAAAAUGGUUGUGGCAGAGCGGCCCGCGUGAAUUCCGUAUAUGAUUGCAUUUUUCCCGCCAAUUUCUGCCUUUUUGCGUACAAUCCCCUUCGCCGUCUACACAAGAUGUAAUUUAUUAAGUGACUGUUAUCUUUUCUCUCGUAAAGGAUCACCUCUUAGGAGUAGCAGGAAAAACAAGAAGGUACGUUUACACAAAUAAGAAACCCAUGGCAUAAAAGAAAGUAAGGACCUUUGGACUGGGCUAUGGAUACCAGAUUAAGUAUGACUACGGGUGUUCAUUCCCUGUCGUGUGCUCUAACGAAUCACUAGGGACUUUAAGAUCCAACGACGCGGACCUCAACGAGAACGUCAAAAAAACAAAAGCUUUAAUAAGCAAAACAACAACUUUGCAUCACGCUUUUUUGUACAUUUCUUUCCUGUUUUUGCACGACUUCGUCGUGAAAAUUUCUAAUUUCGCGUUUUAAGGAGGACGUAAACAAGCAACGACGAAAUCUGAGCUUGGAUAUUGUCACUUGAAAUUCAGCUUCAGGAGGGUUCGCCUACAUUUGACAAAGUAAUUAAGUGGAUAGGAAUAAUCGCUGUAAAGACUAAAUGAACGCAAAAAAAAUUCACUUUUUAAGCGACAUUCUCGUUGUUGUCGCGUCGUUGGAUCUUAAAGUCCCUACUAACCUGCGUCGCAGGCGUAAUUUACCCUCGCGGGACAGGGCUUAAAAACGGCUGAUUGGUCGAGAGGUUGUGACGUGAAAAAGUGAUCUCGUAGUUACUGCGCAUGCGGAAAGUUAAGAAUGAAUGAUCUUGUUGUCAAUAUAGGGGACGAUGGGUGGCGGAUUGGGAACUGCAUUUCGGCUUUAAAAUUUAGCUUUAAAACUUGCUUGUAUAUUAAAAGCUGUUAACAAUUACGCUUACUGAGAACAAUUGUUCAUAAGUAGCGAAACCUUUUUUAGUGUUGUAAAUUUUUCACUGUAAUUUUUACGUACUGUUAGGACGCAGAGAAGAAGUCAGAUGAUGAGGGCGAACCCCGACCACCAUCAGACGUGUACUCUUCAGACGACGAGAAGGUAUUCGCGUUGUGUUAUUCGCUUCUUUUACUGGAUGACAAAACACGAUGAAAAAGUGCAAACUCGGAGUAAAUCAGGGGGAAACGUUAUAAAUGUCACAUUUGCAUACUAAUGUACACAGGGUUCUAAAGAAGCAGGGAAAUGCGGUAUUUACCAUCUUUGCCCUUGAUUUACUCCUCAUAUUGCACUUGUUGCAUCAUAUUUGCCCUAAACAAAUUUCGUGCAAAUGUAUUUUGUCGUUCAGUGUUUUUAUUUCUUUUACGCUCUGAAAAUUUGGUUACUAUUGGCAAAUUUUCUUGUAUAUGAUCUGAUCACCAAAUACCCUAGAAACGUUUCAAAACUUUGCUUUUAAUCACUGACAUCCGUAAAAUUGCUAUAAAUAGAGAGGAGAAGUCGUGCAUUAGUACGCGCAGUUACAGAAUUCACUUCUCAUAGUUUCAUUUUUGUUUUGUAUAUCUGCUAUCACGUGCGCUUCACGUUUUUUUCACGUGCCUUUCACGCCUCACAGUUGCAUUUUGUUUGGUUACUCUAUCUAGAAGUCACUCGGCCCACAGUCCAUUCUCAGUGACAGAGAAGAUGAUUUGGAACCAUGUGAAGAAGCUAAUGAGGAUGAAUCUGGAGUCUCUUCUGAAUCCGCCGCUGGACAAGUGGGAGGUGAGGAACAGGGACUGAGGGCUCAAGACACAAACAAAGACGAUAAAUUGGUAAGUUAACUCCUAGUUUAGGUUAUAUCCUUUAUUACUCAUGCGCUAUGUCAAACCAUUUCAAGAGUACCGCCCUUCGUUAGUCCUGGCCAGUAUCGCUUCAUUUUUUUUAUUGUAGUCGUGACAUCGGCUCAUUCUAUUUUCAAAUGAUCAGUUCAUUAAAAGAAUCUAUAGGGGCUCGCUUGCCAUGACGUGACUGUCGAUCGUUCUGGAUCAUACGUCUCUGGGAAACUGUCCACCUACCCCUCCCCUAAGCCAACAUUUUGCCCCAAGUGAGAAGUAAGGGUUAAUGUUGGCGUAGGGGAGGGGUAGGUGGUGCGGUCACCUGAGGUGAAGCUCUUCCUGUGCAAGAAUGAGCCAGUCAUCGCUCGAGACACAUGUAACCGGCGCCAAUUGGCGGAGAGUGCUUGUCGCGUUUUGUUUUGAUUUUACUGCUGAUUGGUUAGUAAAGCGGUGCAACAUAUGUUUCAGCCAGUCACAAAGCAUUUAAAUGAGAACCAAUGGAAGUUUAAAAAUAAAGAACAUUUAGAUCAGUGGUACGUUUUUAACGCUGUUUUCACUCAACCGACAGGGUGAUUUAGGUUUUUUAAAAAAUCUUAACUACUUAACCAUCUUUUUUUACAUUUUAAUUGCUUUACCUUUACAGGAAAGUUGUGGAGAUGUAGAGAAAUCCACAGAGCAAAUUACAAGAUAUUCAAUUCAGGACGCUAAUGGCAAUGUGUUGGGAACCGCGCAUGAAGGCGGUUAUGAUGGCUGCGAUCCCGAAAAAUCCACGGAAGGAACUACAAAAUACUCAGUAGAGGACGCCCAAGGGAAUCUGUUAGGGAGCACGACUGCUGAAAGCAACGAUAACGAGCACAGUGACAGCGGAUUUUCUGAGAAACCUGCGGAACAAACCACAAGAUAUUCCGUCCAAGACAGUAAUGGAGAGGUUUUGGGGACCGCGAUUGCCGAACGCGACAGCGGUAACCACGAUGUCGCCAGGCAAGGGACAGAACUGCCAUCUUUUGAAAAGGACGUAAAAGAAGAAAAUACCGUAAAAAGGGUACCUCCUAUUCCAAGAGAACGCUCGAGCAGCUUCACCAGGUGUGAGUCUCUUCAAAGGUUACGUAACAGAAGCGGAAGUAGUGUGUCCGAUGACGAGGCUGCAAGCGAGCGUGGGAAGAUCAGUCCCAUUCCCCCGAGGCGAACGUCAAGUAGCGGGCAUCGGCUUCUUGAAGCGAGACUAAGCGCGGAAAAAUCGUCAUCUACGACUGACUUGCGUAACAUAAACGAAGGUUUUCCAAGUGUCUUUAGCCAUAGCGAGGAGAUUACUGAUCUUAUGGAGUAUUCAGCUAUACAGACGACUGUGCGGAAAGUAAGCCGAGCUUUCAGCGGCUCGUCACCUCCCCCGGAGAAAAGCACAUCCCAUGAGUCUCACACGCAGCCCGCACAAUCCCGAUACAUCGUGGAAACCCGCACCUCUCCGGGAAAAGAAUCCGGCAGCUCAGAUUCCUCUCAUAAUUUAGAUGAACUUCUUGCUUCUAUCGAUCGAGACCUGGACGAAACUCGUCGCACCAUUUCUUACGCGCAGCUCUUGGAGUCUGCUCUGCUGAUAAAAAAUGACAAGUCACCGUUGGACGCGGAGGGCCAGCCCACGGGCUCUUUAAGACGUAGGCGCCGUCCGAGAAUCGUCGACUUUUCCAGGGAAUAUGACGAUCCGCACUCGAGCGACAUGAAAAUUUCUUCGGAGCAACGACCCGGAAAAAUCGCGCCAAAUGAGCGUGAUACUGGUGGCUUGGGCGCAACAGACUCAAACACUGACGUUUCUGAAAAAUCGGGUGAAAAAACGCGCGAAAAUGAGAGCGGACCAUCAGAAUCUGCUGUGCGCUUAGAUGAUUGUGUGCCACAGGAACACCAUGAACCAAAUUCAACGCUGGCGACUGAAAACGCUCCAGUAAAGAAACGAGUGUUUGAACUUUUCGCAGACGGCAAUGAGAAAAGCAGACAAUUAAACAGCAUGGACAAAGAAUCAUCCGAAGCCGAGCCUGAACAUGUUAUUACGCCAACGAAGUCGUUAUUGCCUAGUGUUUAUCAAAUGGCUAGGCAGUAUUCCAAAAUUGUGUCGGACAAACAGCAAGCGGACGAGAUACGCAUGCGCAAUAGAAGUAAACUGCGCGGUAGCACAGGCUCACUAGCAUUUGCAAGUGGCCAGGAUGAUGUCACUGACCACACCCCAAAAAUUAAAAUUGAAAAGAUCACAAAGGUAUCUUUCAGUAGCACCCCGAUUGAGAGUUACAAGCUCGUAAGGCGCCGAAGAAAGCGUUCGGGAUCUUCUCGGCGGAGAUCGGACGAUUUUCGGCGGCAGAGCUGGUCGGUGGAGAAAGUCAAACCGGAUUCGGAAGAACCUUGUAAAGCGAGGCCCAAGAGCGUAUAUGAUAUGGAAGCUUUAGAGGAAACACUCACUGAGAACUUGGAACACAUCGAAGAGGGGCUGGAACCCAUGUUGAUUGAGGGACUCGAUAAGGAUGAUGUGGUCGUGAGGGGACUGGUGCAGCAUCUAGUCAACAAGUUUAAUACUCAGAAAAACGCAAAUGAUUUAAAGAAGCCCUAG